AUGGCUUCUAUGAACUUGUUGGGUUUCUCUCUCUCAUCCCCUCAAGAACAUCCAUCUAGUACUCAAGACCAUUCUCAAACGGCACCGUCUCGUUUUGGUUUCAACCCUGAUGGAAUCUCAGCCUCUGAUGUACAAGGAGAGUGCUUUGAUCUCACUUCUCACUCAACUUCUCAUUCACUCAACCUUCCUCCUUUUGGCAUAUAUGAAGCUUUCAACAGAAAUAAUAAUAUUCAUACCACUCAAGAUUGGAAGGAGGACUACAACAACCAAAACUUGCUAUUGGGAACUUCAUGCAAUAACCAAAAUGUGAACAACCAUCACCAACAACAACAACAGCCAAAGCUUGAAAACUUCCUUGGACACUCUUUUGGUGAUUAUGAGCACCCAACCUACGGUGCUAAUAACUCAUCCUCAGCAGAUUUUAUGUUUCCAAACUGUUCAUUACAACUUCCUGCUCAGCCCGCAACGGCCGGUGUCGGUGGUGAUAGCGGUGGUGGUGGUAGUACAAGUACCGGUAGCUCGAUCGGUUUGUCCAUGAUAAAGACAUGGCUGAGGAACCAACCACCUCAAACAGACAACAACAUUAACAACAAUGAAAACUGUGGCAGUGCAGCACCUGCACCAGCAUCUAGAACAAGUGUGCAGACACUUUCGCUUUCCAUGAGCACUGGUUCACAAUCAAGCUCAUCAAAGGCAAAUGUGGGUGGAGAGGGUUCUUCUUCCGAUAACAAGCAACCACCAACCACCACAUCCCUUGAUACCAACCAAACCGGAGCUAUUGACACUGUGCAGAGAAAGUCCAUUGACACCUUUGGACAAAGAACUUCCAUAUACCGUGGUGUAACAAGGCAUAGGUGGACGGGGAGAUAUGAGGCUCACCUUUGGGAUAAUAGUUGUAGAAGAGAAGGACAAACUCGCAAAGGAAGGCAAGUUUAUUUGGGAGGUUAUGACAAAGAAGAAAAGGCAGCUAGAGCCUACGAUUUAGCAGCACUAAAAUACUGGGGAACAAAUACCACAACAAAUUUUCCUAUUAGCCACUAUGAAAAAGAGUUGGAAGAAAUGAAGCACAUGACCAGGCAAGAGUAUGUUGCGUCAUUGAGAAGGAAGAGUAGUGGGUUUUCUCGCGGUGCAUCCAUUUAUCGAGGAGUAACGAGACAUCAUCAACAUGGGAGAUGGCAAGCUAGGAUUGGAAGAGUUGCAGGCAACAAAGAUCUCUACUUGGGAACUUUCAGCACCCAAGAAGAGGCAGCAGAAGCAUAUGAUGUAGCAGCCAUCAAAUUCCGAGGGUUGAGUGCUGUUACAAACUUUGACAUGAGCAGAUACGAUGUGAAGAGCAUACUUGAAAGCAGCACUUUACCCAUUGGUGGUGCUGCAAAGCGUUUGAAGGAUAUGGAGCAAGUUGAAUUGAGUGUGGAUGUUCAUAGGACAGAAGAAGAUAAUAGCAUGAACUCACACUUAACUGAAGGAAUCAAUAACUAUGGAAUAACAAACCAUCAUGGUUGGCCUCAUGCUCUUGCUUUUCAGCAACCAUGUACUACUACCAUGCAAUAUUACCCUUAUGGACAGAGGCUAUGGUGCAAACAAGAACAAGAUUCUGAUGCCUCUCACACUUUCCCUUCAGAUCAUAAUUAUCAACUACAGUUAGGGAAUACUCACAAUUUCUUUCAGUCAAAUCCUGGGUUGCAUGGUUUCAUGAGCAUGGAUAAUUCUGCAUCCAUGGACAAUAGCUCUGGAUCUAACUCUGUAGUUUAUGGUGGGGAUGGUAAUAAUAAUGGUUAUGGAGGUGGUGGUGGUGGCUACGUGAUUCCCAUGGGUGGUACUACUACAACUAAUGUUAUUGCAAAUGAUGGUAACCAAAGUCAAAGAAGUCAUGCUUUUGGUGAUAGUGAGAUAAAGACACUUGGUUAUGAAAGUGUUUAUGGCUCUAGUACUAUUGAUCCUUAUCAAGCACAUGCAAGGAACUUGUAUUAUCUUUCGCAGCAUCAAUCAUCUGUAGAUGCAGUUAAGGCUAGUAGUGCAUAUGAUGAAGGAUCCACAUGCAAUACUUGGGUUCCAACAGCUAUUCCAACUCUUGCACCAAGACCUACCAAUAUGGCUCUCUGCCCCGGAGUUCCACCAUUCACGUUAUUGCAUGAAUAG